ACAUUGGACUGUGGUCAGUGGACACAAACACACCUCUUCUUCUUCCCACUCGGCUGUUCCGCUGUCGGCAUUCUUCUUUCCCCAAAUCAAAAGCAAACCCUAGCCGCCGCUACCACCGUCUUCACCACUCACCAGUCAGCCACUUCUGCCACCACCACUGCCCCGCCCUUCAAUUGAAGAGCCCUUUCUCUCCGAGUCCUUCAGUCCCAGUUUGUUGGCCGACGUUAGAAGCAGCUACGGUAGACAUUUCAUCAGCUCCGUUGGUGGAGGGCCUCGCGAACAGGUGUUUUCUGGAAGAGAAUGGCAAAGCUCUUGCUUUCCAAAGUUCAAACUCCAAUUUAUCGCUCAAUUAUCAAACCUGCCCAACUUUUACUUCACGCUCACCAAUUUACACACAGUUGUUCAGAGCCUGCAGAUGAUAAGGAUGCAAUCUUGACGUCCAUAUGUGACUCCUUAAGCAAAGAUGGCCUGAGUUGGGAUUCUUUAACCCAAAAGUUCAGCUCAGUUCAUCUCACCAUCCCUCAAGUCGAAAAGGUACUAAUUCAACUAAAAGAACCCAUUAAUGCAAAGCAAGCAUUGAAAUUUUUCCACUGGUCAGCUCAUAAUAUGAAUUUGCAACAUGGGAUGUCUUCUUAUUGCAUUACAAUUCACAUUUUGGUUAAAGCUAGGCUUUUUAAGGAUGCCAAGGCAUUGGUUGAAUCAAUUUUAGUCAACAAAAAAUCCAUGCAUGAUGGUCCUGUUGAAAUGCUUAACAAUGUUCUGGAUUCACUGCUUGGUUCUUAUGAAGUUGUGGGUUCGACCCCUUUUGUCUUUGAUUUGUUUAUGCAAACUUGCGCUAAGCUGAGGAUUAUUGAUAGUGUUGUUGAUGGUUGUAAAGUCUUGGAUGAGCGUGGGUUUGGAUUGAGUGUUAUUAGUUAUAAUACUUUGCUUCAUGUUAUGCAAAAGUCUGAGAAGACUUCUCUGGUUUGGAGUUUGUAUGAGCAUAUGAUUGACAAGAGAAUGUACCCAAAUGAAGUUACUUAUAGGAUUUUGGUUCGUGCUUUGGGUAAAGAAGGGAGGCUAAAGAGGUUUUUGGAUGUGGUGGAGAGGAUUCAUGGCAAGAGAUGUUCUUUACCGGGCAUGGUGGUGAAUACUUGUUUGGUGUUUGGUUUGAUAGACGGGGGUAAAGUUGGAGAGGGGAUGAAUUUGUUGAAGAAUAUGUUGCAGAAGAAUAUAAUUCCUGAUACCAUUUCAUUUUCGUUGGUUAUAAUGGCCAAGGUGAGGAUGGGGGAUCUGGAUGCCGCAUGGGAGGUAUAUGAGGAAAUGCGUAAGAGGGGUUUUGAAGGGAACUCUUUUGUAAGUACUUCGUUUAUUGGUGCUUACUGUAAGCAGGGGAAGAUUGAGGAAGCAAUGAGGUUGAUGCGAGAAAUGGAUGAUUUGGGGAUGAAGCCGUAUGAUGAAACAUUUAAUCAUCUAAUUGAAGGUUGUUCGGGAACAGGAUAUUUGGAUGAAAGCUUGAAAUUUUGUGAGAGAAUGGUCAAGAUGGGACUUCUACCAAGUCCUUUGGCAUUUAAUAUGAUGGUUGGUAAGCUUUGUUCAGAUGGGGAGGCAAAGCGGGUUGAUGAAGCUUUGACUGUUUUGUCGGAAAUGGGGUUUGUUCCCGACGAAAACACAUAUUCUCAUCUCGCUAAUGGCUAUAUGACACUUGGUGAUGUGGAGAGGAUUCUGAAACUUUAUUACGAGAUGGAAUAUAGAUCACUUUCUCCAUGUUCUUCAUUUUUAAAUUCCCUAAUAAUUGCUCUUUGCGGACAUGGGAGGGUAAGAGAAGCAGAUGAGUUUUUAAAUUUGUUGAAAGCUAGAUCACUUAUCCCUGGAUCACACACUUAUAAAACAUUGAUUGCGAGUCAUCUGGAGAAGGGGAACAAAACCAGGGCCCAGCAGCUUUGUGAAGAAAUGGUAGAAAUGAGUUGAAGACCGGAUGGUAAAUGGUCUCAGCUAGGAACGUGAUGAUGGACCUGCAGAGAUGGACGCCUUAAACUUAAGGGAGGUAGGUUGCGUAGAAAAUUCAUUGUCAUUGUUUUAUAACUGAGAAAGACCAGAAACCCCAAACAUACAUCUUCACCACCGACGUGGGAAUUGUUACAAUGGCUGAGAAAAAUAAUAAGAGAAGCAAAGGAUUAGAACU